AUGUCUGGCAGCCGGGACAUUGAGAGUGGGAGUGAAUACAAGCCGCUUGCCGUCUCGGAAGCUUCGGCAGAGGAUGAAGCUUUGUUGAAUGAACACAACUCGUUUACUGACGUUGAGCGGCCCACGACCUCCUCGCGCGCGACCAGUGGAAGGUUCAGCUACCUUCAUCUUGGACUCGCGUUCGUUGGAGGAAUUUUCAUCUCUCUAUGCACUGCAGCUCUGUUCCCCUCUCUUUGCUACCCUUUUUCCUUAUUUUCUGGGACCACCGAUGGUUUGGACAGGAUUGGUAUAGCAGCACCAACGCAUGUCGGCUCAACGGAACGUCAUGACUACCCGCCCGUAUCUCCAACUAAUGGACAGACAUCUCUAUUUCCUACGGACAUUGGCUUCGCCGGUCCCACUCCUACUGGCGCAGAGCCCGCUGUCGUAGCAACGGCUCCAUCUUAUCCCUUGCACACAGGUGCACAGGUGCUCGUCACUCCAACGCCGAAGGAUGGAACCAAGAGUUCAAAGAAAGGCGAAUUUGAAGUAUUCAAGAACUGGGGAAACCUUUCACCCUGGUACAGUGUUGACCGAGGCGUAUUUGGUGUGGAUUCAAGCGCAGAGGCACCAGACCAGUGCGUGGUGAAGGGGUUGCAUUUCUUGCAUCGACAUGGUGCACGAUAUCCAACGGCAUUUGCAUCCUAUGGCGGCCCAGCCAACUUCUCAGCUCGCCUACAUGAGUCUGCAGAAGGAUGGAACGGAACCGGCGAGCUUGACUUCAUGAACGACUGGACCUAUAAAUUAGGCGAAGAGAUCUUGACUCCCUUCGGCCGCCAGCAACUUUUUGACCUUGGCGUGUCGCUUCGUCUUAAGUACGGUUACCUGCUCAAGGACUUCACCGAGUCGAACAGUUUGCCAGUGUUCCGCACCGAGUCACAGGAUCGCAUGUUACAUUCUGCACUCAACUUUGCGGUGGGGUUCUUCGGGCUUCCAAUUGAAGGGAAAUAUCUCCAAAGUGUCACUAUCGAGGAAUUAGGGUACAAUAACACACUCGCUCCGUACAAGACGUGCCCGAAUGCUCGUGACCGGACGAAAUCUGAUCGUGGGAUCCCGUAUGUCCGUGAAUGGGCAUCAAUAUAUCUGAAGAAUGCACAUGCUCGGUUAGCUCCGCAGUUAAAGGGCUACGAUUUGAGCAUCGAAGAUGUCUACAUCUUCCAGCAGUUUUGUGCAUAUGAGACAGUCGCCAUUGGCUAUAGUAAGUUCUGCGAACUCUUUACUGAAGAGGAAUGGGAAGGCUUCGAAUAUUCUCUGGAUCUUUAUUUCUGGUACAAUUCUGCCUUCGGCUCACCUGUUGCAAGAGUUCAGGGCAUUGGAUAUAUCCAAGAGCUCGUUGCACGUCUCACUCACACACCCAUACAAAUACACAACUCUUCGACAAACGCUACACUUGACGACGACCCUCUUUUCUUCCCACUCGACCAGAGCUUAUAUGUCGACGCGACUCACGAAGUAGUCAUUUUGAAUAUACUCACUGCACUUAACCUUACGAGCUUCGCUGCGAUCGGUCCUUUGCCAGCUGACCACAUACCCACGAAUAGAAGUUUCAUUGCUAGUCAGCUCGCACCGUUCGCGGCGAACAUGCAGUUCCAACUGCUUGAAUGCAUCGGGAUGGAUGGCGACCAGAUUCGAAUCAUCUUGAACGACGGAGUUGUCCCGCUAACUGGCAUUCGCGGCUGUCCAGACCAGAAAGAUGGCAUGUGCCCUGUCGAUACCUUCGUCAGGGCACAGCGCGAAAUCAUCCAGGAAGUGGACUGGAUAUACGAAUGUCACGGAGACUGGACGGUACCACCUGGACCAGCGUGGAAUACAACGACGGGAUCUCCACCAUCGAAGCCGCGAUAAAGAGCUUUCACAUUAAUCAAGUUCUUCGCAUUUUUAAUUUAUAAAGAUCAUAGGUUGCAUCACCUUAGAGUUUCCCCUUUGAUUACAUCGACGACAAUCUUUUACACAGAUAACUCAGAAGCGGGCACUGGCUAGCAGGUUGUUUUAUAAUCGUAGGAAGUCU